AUGUAUCAUACUCAAUCAAACGAUGAACGAUCAGGUUUUGAUGAUACACCAACUUGCAUUGUACAAAACGAUCUUCGUCUAUUGGGCCUUAGCAGCUUACGUGGUCUUACGUGUGCUCUCAAUGAGUGCGGCUAUGCUGAAUCUGAAUUCUUAAAACCGCUUGAAGAUUUGGAAAAUUCAUUUCCUUUUCGCCAUUCAAAAAAAUGGGAUAAAAUGUGUAAGCGUAUCACCUGUAGCGAAUGUGGCAAAUACACCUGGACCGGUUGUGGCAAGCAUAUCGAACAAGCUUUGGCUGGUUUGAAGGAUGAAGAAAUCUGCAAGUGCAAGAAAGAUUAA